CGGCCAAAGCCUGUUAUUCGGUUGGCGGGCUGCCCGCAAAGGGACAACACCCGCAGAACGAGCAGCCCGAUGCCUCGUCGACGUCCCAACCCGAAGAAUAAAGCUGCCCGCAAGCAGCGCGAGGCGGAGCAUGAAGCGUGGCUGCGGACAGACAAAGGCCGGUGCUUCAUUAACAUGCUAGAUCUACAGCGGAGUUGCCCCGAGCUCACGAGAGACGCAAUCGGCGGGAGGAUGCAUGGGGAUGAGUUGAUGAAUACCUGGAAAUUCGACCUCAGCGGGUGCAGCAUGACUGCAUUACCUGCCUCCAUCGGCUCGUGGAAUAGCUCCCCAAGACCCCUGAUAGAACUCAACCUAAGCCAUUGCAAGCAACUCGCUGCUCUGCCGGGCGAGAUCGGUGAGAUCAAGUCGCUUGAGUCGCUCGUGUUGGAAGGGUGCUCGAGCCUCGUCGCUCUGCCGGACGCGAUCGGUGAAAUCAGGACGCUCAAUUAUCUCAACCUGACAGGGUGCGUAAGGCUCGCCUCAUUACCGGACGCAAUUGGUGACCUCGGGGGGCUACAAAUCCUCGACUUGACGUGCUGUUCCGUACUUCAGAGAAUUCCCAGCACGAUCGGCGAGCUCAAGGCCUUGAGGGCUCUCUCUCUGGCCAACUGUAUGAGCCUCAGCGCGUUACCAGACAGGCUCAAUGAGCUCGGGGCGCUGAAGACUCUCAUCCUGGGAGGCUGCUCGAGCUUAGCCCUUCGGCUAGGCGCAUUAGCCGGGCUGGGAGCGCUCAAGGCGCUGAUUGUUGCUGGAUGCGACUCGAUAGAGGCGCUCGAUAUCGACGGACUACCAAACCUAACGUCUCUCGAUGUAUCAUCUGGUUGCAACAACCUCCAGAUAACAUCAAGAGCAAUACUGGCAUUACGCGAGCAACGAGUGGAAGUUAAAGGCUUUUCUAUGCGUGAGAUGAUGCGGAACCUCAGGAACAAAGCCAAGCGGCGGCGCCAGCGCCGACUAUGCGACUUCUGCGGCUGGCAGGGCAGCAUCGCCGAGCCGCGAUUGCCGGUGUGCUAUUGCGGGCGAAGGCGCUACUGCGACGAGAAUUGUCAGCUCGCCGACUGGGGAGCCGGGCAUUCGAAAACGUGUAGCAUGGGUUCCUUGAGCAUUUUCCACAUUGUGUCGCUACAAGGCCUCGAGAACCUCCGAUCGAAGGGGCUGCUGACCGACGCAGACUACAGGGCGCGCAGGGGUGAGAUCAUGUUGAUAACCCCUGCCGAGGCCCGAUCACUGUGCGAAAAAGCACGGCAGCAAGGCAUCUUCCCGGACACUAAAUUUUAA